AAUAUGUAAACCGUUCUCUCCGCCGGAGUAUUAUAGAUGUGGGACGGGAACGAUGGAAAGAUGGCGGCCGCAAUGGUGCAAAUGUCAUGUUUGUACCGGGGGAUGUUAGCGGUCAGGGCCACUGGCAUCAGGACGCUGAUCCCCGGGCUGGUCCCGGUCCAGUUCCGAGCCUUCUCGGUGCGGAAGGAGUCCGAGCUAGAGGAGAAUCCGUACUACAGCAAGUACCAGGACAAGAUCCAGAAACUGCGCAGUGCCAAACCGCAGGAGUACAAGACCCGACUGGAGAAAAGGCAUGAAGCCAAUAAGGAAGUGCUGGGACACUCGAAGCAGGCAGAGUUUGUCCGAUUUAUGGAGCAGGAGCUGGAAAAAAGGGACAAGAUGGCAGCUGGUGACGCAACAUCAGGAGGUUUUACAAAGAAUAAGACUUUGGGCUCCAUCCUCAACUUGGAGAUGAUCAAGGACAAGACAGGCGAGGAGAUUGCAGAGCUUUGGAUGAAGUAUUAUUCUACCAAGGAUACAGUCAGCGCCAUCAUCCCAACACAGAUCUAUGAGAUGAUUUUCAGCAGAUCACAGUCCUGCCCAAUGUUCCUUUACGCUUUGCCUCAGAAAGAGGGUUACGAGUUCUUUGUGGGUCAGUGGUCCCGACACGAGCUCCACUUCACCUCCCUCAUCAACGUCCAGACGCUGGGUGAGAAUGCUCCCAGUCAGCUGAUCCUAUACCACUACCCAGACCUUAAGGAAGAGAAGGGCAUCGUGCUCAUGACAGCAGAGAUGGAUCCCAAGUUCAUAACCGUCCAGCAGGCUCAGUGUUUGGCUAACCAGGUGCAGCUCUUCUACGGCACCCAGAGACAGGAGACUUACCGAUUGGUGGAGAUGUUUAACCACCACCCUGCAGAAUUCAAGCACAUGUCAGUCAUAGCAGAGCUGGAGCAGAGCGGUUUGGGGCCUGCAAACCCUUCCACGGGUUCCUGAGAUGGACUGAAGUUGCCACCAGACAGCCUGCUGAGGAACUGUUGGUCUCCGUGUACAGUCGCAAAGAUAUCCAAGCUUCUUUGCUCAGCACGCUCCAGUGGGAUAUAGCUGCUUCUUGCUCUGUGUGUGCAGUCUCCAGCAGCAGCUGUGAAUUACAGAAAAAAGAACUUAAAGAAGCACAAACAGCUUCUCUCAAUAUUUACUACACAUCUUGUGUGUUGUCAGUUUGCCUCAAUGGGAAAAUAAUGUUGAAGUGAGCACUUCUAUAAUAAAUAGUUCUCACUUUGUCUUGUUUUUCAUAUCAGACUGUGAUGUAAGCAGAAGAACAUUGUUCAUAGGAAUCCAAUUAAGUAAUAAAUCAUCUUCAAAACUGUAA